UCCCAAUCCCAAGACAGAAGAAAGACUGUGGUGAAGUACAUUCCAAAGGAGAGACAAAUAUGGUAGAACAUCAGGUUCCAUUACUUGGCAGCUUCUCUUCAUCAGAUCAUGGAGAAGCUCUCAAAAGAACUGGGACAAUGUGGACAGCAGUGGCACAUAUCAUAACAGCAGUAAUAGGGUCUGGUGUACUAUCUCUUGCAUGGAGUGUAGCUCAGCUGGGAUGGAUUGCAGGUCCGUUGUCAUUGAUCUUCUUCGCUGGCAUCACCAUUGUUUCCUCAUUCCUUCUCUGUGAUUGCUACAGACAUCCAGACCCUGAAUAUGGGCCCAACCGAAACCCAUCGUACCUGCAAGCAGUCAAGUUCUUUUUGGGGGAGAAGAGCCAAAAGUUGUGUAGAAUAUUUGCCUAUGAGAGCUUUUAUGGGGCUGGAGUUGCUUAUACCAUUACAUCAGCAAUCAGCAUGAGAGCGAUACAGAAAGCCAAUUGUUACCACAUAGAAGGUCAUGAGGCUAAGUGUGAAUAUGGGGAUAAUUUCUAUAUGCUGCUCUUCGGAGCUGUUCAGAUUGUAAUGUCACAAAUACCAGACUUUCAUAGCUUGAUUUGGCUCUCAGUUUUGGCUGCAAUCAUGUCCUUUUCCUAUUCAUUUAUAGGAUUUGGACUUGGUUUUGCUCAAGUUAUAGAAACUGGGGAGAUCAAGGGAAGCAUAUCUGGAGUUCCAGCAGCUAAUCUUGGUGACAAGUUCCAAGCACUUGGAGAUAUCGCUUUUGCCUAUCCGUUCACUCUCCUCGUUCUUGAAAUCCAGGAUACUCUAAGAUCACCUCCUUCCGAGAACAAGACCAUGAAAAAGGCCGCAAUGACUGCAACUUCUCUUGCCACCUUUUUCUACUUCUGCUGUGGAUGCUUCGGAUAUGCAGCUUUUGGCAACAACACACCUGGAAAUAUCUUGACUGGAUUUGGUUUCUACGAGCCUUACUGGCUUAUUGGCUUUGCGAAUGCUUGCAUUGUUCUUCAUCUGAUCGGAGGAUAUCAGAUAUACAGCCAGCCAGUGUUUUCGCUCUUUGAAAGAUGGCUUGAAGAGAAAUAUCCGAGCAGCGGAUACAUGAACACUUCCUACAAGUUCAAACUCCCAUUGUUGCCACCAUUUCGGAUAAAUCUUUGCAGGCUAUGGUAUCGAACUUUAUACGUAAUCUCCACAACUACAGUAGCAAUGAUGUUUCCGUACUUCAACCAAGUAUUGGGAGUGUUAGGGAGCUUAAACUUCUGGCCUAUGUCUAUAUAUUUUCCAGUUGAAAUGUACCUUGUGCAGAAGAAAAUUUCACCUUGGACAACAAAAUGGAUAAUACUGAACAUCUUCAGCCUUUUGGGUUUGAUUGUAUCAAUAGCGGGCUUAGUUGGGUCAGUACAGGGAAUUAUAGGUGCCAAAUUUGGCUGAACUACUGCUAAUGUUGUACAUAUGCAGAUGUACAUUAAUGGGGAACAGGUGUAUAAUACAGUUUUAUGUCAAGUGUAUGAAAAAAAAAAAAAAAAACAAUUUAGUUUA